UUUAUGUGAUUUUUAUGUUUUUUUUUUUUUUGAGCUCCAAAGGUCUGGUCAUCAUUCACUUACAUUAUAUGGACCCACUGAGCUGAGAUAUUUUUCUAAAAAUCUUCAGUUAUGUUCUGCUGAUGAAAGUAAGUCACACAUCUGGGAUGGCAUGAGGGUGAGUAAAUGAUGAAAGAAUUUUCACAUUUGGGAGAACUAUCCAUUUAAGUGAUUUUAUCACACUAAAAUCAUGUUAAACGUAUAUUGUUUAUGACUUGUGGCUAUAAUUUCAGAACAGUGAAUAUUUUAACAUUUGCAAAUUGGCCCCAUUCACUUCCACUGUACAGUAAGUGCCUCACUGUAACCCAGAUUUUUUGUAUUUUUUUUUGUAUUUUUUUUUUAAAGGAGGGACAAGUCAAAAUUAAUUUCUGUGGUAAUCAACAUUAUGCCACAAAUUUACAAACUUGUACAAUUCAAAACUUGUAUUGAACACAGAAUAUUCAUUUAAAUAUUAAUAUGAUUCUUUAUACUGUAAAUAUUUUAGGGAUUUGCACAACAGCAGUAGUAAAAUCAUAUUUUCACAUUUGUAUUAUUUUGUUUCACAAUGCAGAAUAUUUUAAACACAAUAGUUCAGUGAUAAUUAUUAGGUAGUGUUCCCUGUCAAAAAAGAAGUGUGCGCAAUGUGUCUGCUUUCAAAUGCUUCUGGGGAGCGCCAUUAAAAUAAGUUAAAUAUCAUUAAAGUUUCAAAACAUCUCACCAGGUAUCUCACAGUCAGCUUUUGCAGUUGGUAGUCCAUAGUUGAGAAUGAUCUCUUUGAGUUAUGGUAAUGGUAUAGAUAAAUGUUUUUGUGCCACAGCACUAUUUUACAGAAUCAGGAGUAAGUGGGAGGUGUGGCCAAAGAAACUGGUAUGAACUAAAAGUGAAAGUAACUCAGGGACUGUAUUCAGAUUGAAGAUGGAAAACUACCAGCAUGCUCUGUUUUUUGAAGCAAAGAAUCUUUCAGAUGCUUCACUUAAACAAAUAAAACUGCACUUUCAAAUCAGGAGAAAAUCUGGAGGGGGUGAGUGUGAAGUCCAAAAAGUGGGUGACAGUAUCUACAAGAUAUGUUUUAGGAAGAAAGAAGCCCAGGAAAGAGUACUAAGCCAAAAAGAUCACUUCAUCCUUCUACCAGGACAAGAGGAAAUUUGUGUUUCGUUAAGCCGUGAUAAUGUUGCUGAAAGCAACAAACAACCCAAAGCAUCUGAUCAACAGACACAUGCAAGUGCUAAAAAUGUGGAGAAAGUUUUUAAACUGGAGCAUUAUCUUCUACGCUACCUCAUUGAAUGCACAAAGGUGUCUUCAGACUUGGAGCAACGACUCUCUUUGCUCUCCAGCACCUUCCAGAUCCACACUGACUCUGAAGAGAUAGUGGUAGUAAGGGACCAGACAGCUCAAGACAAUUGUCCCCUUAAAAAAUGGGAGUUUUCAGUGGAGCAAGUGCUUGAGGAGCUACAAAACCGAUACACUAUCUACUUUGAGGUUGAAACAGACAGAUUGGCAAUUUUACAAGAAAACUCUUUCCUCUUCAAUGAGACCCUAAAAAUCUAUCAUGAAGAAGAAGCGUGUUUAGCUGUUGUGGUUGGAGAGCGUGACCAGGUGGAAAAGAUUUUAAAAUUUGUAGAUGCCUUGCAGGCCAAACAGCAGGUUCAAACAGAGUGUGCCAUAUCUGAGAAACAAUUUGCCCUUGUGAGAGAACCGUUUGAAGAGAUCAGAAAGUCUAAUUUCCCUGCGAUUAUGAUCAAACAAGAAAGGCCAGGCAUUCUGACUUUGGAGGGUCCAGAGAAAGAGGUCCAUGCUGGAAAAAAGGAUCUUUUAAACUUAGCAAGAGGAGUUAAAGAAAAGAGAAUCCUGUUGCAUCACAAACAAAUUAACUUCUUGGCAUCAAGUGAUGGAGUACAGCACUUCCAAAACCGAUUUCAGCAGAGCCUCCGCAGCCCAGUUAUGCUUGAGACCGCAGGUUCAGAUCUCCUUCUGUUGAGUUUGUCAGACGGAGCGCUACAGGAGGCAGCUGCUGCCAUGCAGACAGAACUGUGUUUUGAGACUGUAUCUCUGGAGCAGACUGAUAAGCAGUCAUCUGGAUUUACUACACUGAAGGAGGCUUUGAGCGAAGCCGUCCAACAAGCCAAUCGUGGAGGUGUUAAAGUGGAGCUUAGCUAUCAGCGCAGCUCGAUUUCUGACCCCAGAAUCGAUGCGCAACUAGUGGGCUACACUACUGAAGUUCGUAGGCUGAAGAACAUCUUGUUAGAAUACAAACAAAACCAUGAGAACACCCAUCACUGCCUGCCUCUUCCCAUGACAGAGAUGGUAAAACACUUCUCUGAGAUUCUGUCGCUAGUCGGAGUGAAGAAGAGUACUGUGGAAAUCAAUCCAACAUGUACACCUUCCCCAUGUGUCCACCUCACAGGACCUCGUUGUGAAGUUGAAUGUUUGAAGGAAAACCUUGAGUCAGGCCUACAGAAACUUUUCACUAAACGAUUUGUGGUAAAUGGACCUGGAGUUCAACCAUUUUUUCAAGGGGAAGGUAUGGAGACCUUGAAACUAGCACAGGCUUCUUUUAUGGUUCGGAUACUGCCCAUUGAUGAGGAACAAGAAGGUGGUAAAGUGACGAAAGACACAAGUUUUACCAGUCUCCAGAACUUACCAAAUACUGCAUCUAUACCACAACCAACGCAGACCAAUUACUCUGACAAAGCGAUCCACAUUAAACUGGUGAUUGGUGGUCUUGAGGAACAGCAGGCUGAUGUGUUUGUUGCUCCAAUGGUACAAAUGAACUUAACCUCAACCAUGGUUGGAUCUUGCCUAUUGCAAAAAGCAGGACAACAGCUUCAGAGUAAUUUCAAUAGUGCCAAGGGACAGCGUACACUUAGACCUGGAGAUGUGCUGGAGGUUGAUGGGACACCAACGUUGGGAUGCUCUAAGAUUUUCUUCAUGGAAUGUGUGCCCAAAGGUGGAAAAAAGUACAACAGUGGACAAGCACUACAAUCUGGACUUUGCCAAGUUCUGGCGCUAUGUGAACAGCACUCCUGGGGUUCUGUUGCAUUGCCAAUAAUUGGACCUGGUUUAGUGCUGUCAAUACCUGUCAAAGAUGCCAUUAAAAUUCUCACUGACGAGAUCGAAAAGUUUCUAUAUGGAUCCACUGGUUCCCUCCACACCAUUUGCAUCCCCAUAAUGCCUAGGUACACUCAUUCUGAGGAGAUGUUCCAGACAGUCUGUAACACUCUGAAUGCAAAAAUGGUGGACAACACAGGGCAAGCUCUUUUCCACUCAUUGACAACUGACCUUGAUGAGGUCAUCAUGGCAGUAGAUGGGAUUCAGCUCCAUCUAGUGUUUGGUGACAUCACCAAUGAGACUACUGAUGCCAUUGUCAACACUACUGAUUUUAAGGACUUUCAAACAGGAGUGUGUAAAGACAUCCUUACUAAGGCAGGAUCACAAGUCCAGGCUAAUCUGACUGGGGUUCAGGUACAGCGUGGACAGAUCUUCACGACCCAGCCAGGAGGAUUCCCUUGUAAGCUGAUCAUACAUGUGUGUGGAGAGAGGGAUCCAAGUGUCAUCAAAACCUUGGCUAAAGACAUAGUGGUUCACUGUGAGGGUAGAAGCUACAAGUCAGUGGCCAUUCCUGCUAUCUGCGCUGGAAAAGGAGGUUUGGAUCCAAGUGUGGUGGCCAAGUCCAUUCUAGAGGGAGUAAAAGAUGCUGUUCAAGGAGCUUACUUUCAUUACCUCAAAACUGUUCGCAUCAUUCUACUGAAGAUCAACGUUUUUCUGGAGUUUAAAGCAAUGGCACAGCAAAUAUUCAGUGUUAAUACACAGCUGACAGCUCCUGCACCUCAUGUAGCUUUCCAUGCAACCACCAGAGGACACAGUGCACUCACUACAGGGGCCAGUGUAUCAAUAAGAGAGCGUCAAUCACAGUCUUUACCAUCAUCUCUCAACUUUAGUUCUAUUGUGACGUCUUUGCCUGUCACUCAGUCCACAGCUGCAUUUCUAGUCAUUGGAUUUACCAAUGAUGAUGUGUCUCAUGCCUGCCGAGAACUUAAACGGGCAUAUGACAACCAGUGUUCUACACACUCUUUCUCCUCUGAGGAUUUUGGAUGCCUCACUGAUGAUGAGGUGGACCAGCUGUGCUCAAAACUAAAUUCAUUGCACCUGCAGAUGCAACAGAGCAACGCAGAUAAUUGGGUAGUGUCAGGGCUGAAGGAUGGAGUGAAUGAAGUGGUUAGACUGAUACAAAGUGCACUUCGUAGGCAGGUAAGGGAACGGGAUCAGGAAAACCUCUUCACCAAAGUCACAUGGUGCAUUCUGGGAAAACAUGGCGUUUGGCAGAAGGUAGCCAAAGAGAUGAAUCUUAAGCUUGAGAGGCAGGAUGUAAAAGAGGGAAUUGUGGAUGCACAGGGUGUGAAAUGGACUGUGAAUUUGAGAAAUAUGGUGGCCACAGCAUGUGGGACAGGACAGGUGACCAAACUCAAACGACUGGAGAACCCUCCAGAUUUUUCUUUGCCUAUCUACUGGGACAACAUGAGUCAAAGUGAGGUCACAAAGGUGAUUAACCUAGAUCAGUCAUCUAAAGAGUAUGAGAGGGUGAAAAUGGACUUCAAGAAGACAGUCAAAAAAACAGUGCUCAAGAUUAAGCGUAUCCAGAAUGUGCAUCUCCGGCGGUUAUACGAGGCACGCAAAAAAGAGCUGGAGAUCAGGAAUGGUCCCAUGGUAAGAUCAGGAGAGAAGAUCCUUUAUCACGGCACAACGGAGGCAGCCUGCAAAUCCAUCAUUAAUUCUAACUUUAACCGCAAUUUUGCUGGACAAAAUGCAACUUUAUUUGGUGUUGGAACAUACUUUGCUGUGAAUGCUAGCUACUCUGCCAACCCUGUCUAUGCGGUUCCUGCCACAGAUGGCGCCCAACUCAUGUUUGUGGCCCGUGUGCUUACGGGUUAUUACGACCAAGGUCAGAAGGACAUGAGGACACCUCCCAUUCGCCUGCUCCCCAACCAUCCCUUUGACAGCGUGGUGGAUAACAUGCAGAACCCCACCAUGUUUGUGGUUUUCCACGACUGUCAGGCCUACCCAGACUACCUUAUCACAUUCAAAUGAACUUGGCUGGCUCUCUGUUAAAUUGUACUUCUCAGCACUGAAUGAGUAAAAAGCAUCUACUGAAAAAUAUGUAAGAGAGAAAGCUUGUUAGUUCCUUUAUCAUUAUCAUUUAUCCAAAGUAAUUAGCUAGUUAUAAUUCACCCAAAAAUGAAAAUUCUCAUCGUUUACUCACCCUCAUGCCAUCCCAGAUGUGUAUGACUUUCUUUCUUCUGCUGAACACAAAUGAAGAUUUUUAGAAGAAUAUCUCGGCUCUGUUGAUCCAUAAAAUGCAAGUGAACUGUGACUAAAAAGCAAAUAAAGUUAGCAUAAAAUUAAUCCAGUGGUUAAAUCCAUGUCUUCAGAAGUGAUAUGAUAGGUGUGGGUGAGAAACAGAUCAAUAUUUAAGAAAUUAUUUACUGUAUACUCCACUUUCAACCAGCUUUCCGUUGUUUGUUCACGAAAUACAGAGUUCUUAUUUCUUUUUUUAUUAUUAUUAUUUUUUUUUGUUUUUCUUUUUGGCAAUUCACAUUCUUUGUGCAUAUCACCACCUACUGGGCAGGGAGAAGAAGGAAAAGAAAGAUGUGAGAGCUGAAGGAAAGGAAAAUAAUAAAUAAAUCAUAUUUGCACAACAGCCCAGUAGGUGGCUCCUGAACAUGCAAAGGAGGGUUGUUUGAAAGGAGGGUUGGGUGUCACCCACACCUAUCAUAUCACUUCUGCAGAUAUGGAUUAAACCACUGGGGUCAUACAGAUUAUGGAUUUUAUGCUACCUUUAUAUGCUUUUUGGAGCUUCAAAGCUUUGGAUCCUGUUGAUUGCAUUGUAUGGACCUACAGAGCUGAAAUAUUUUUCUAAAAAUCUUAAUUUGUGUUCAUCAGAAGAAAGUCACACAUCUGGGAUGGCAUGAGAGUUAGUAAAUGAUGAAAGAAUUUUAAAACAUUUUCUAAAUAUUUACUCAAUUCACUAAAACAUAUGACAACAAAAGAAAAUAAAAA